AUGUCGACUGAUACAAAAUACAAAUAUGCCGUCGUCAGGAUACCAGAGAAUUCGGUCGUUGAGUUUUUCACACUACUGGUCUCAAAAGGUUAUUCGGAUGUUUCAUUUGUUGCCUCCCUAGCACAGUGCAAUUUGAGAGAUGACCCAAAUGAUGACCAACCGACAACAUCAAAUUCAGUGAAAGAAACUGUAAAUGAUGAGGAUUCGAAUUCUGAAAACAACAAAUCCUCUCCUCCACGACGUCAAUCUUCUGGAUCCCAACCUCAAUCGGUGUCUUCUCGUCCAACUCUUGCACUGGUGCUAUUAAAACUGAAAAUUUCGAUUCAUGGACUCCGACUGCUCCGUCUUCUAAUCCGACUCCAGAUCUAUUAUCAGCUAAACAAUGGCACGGAGCCCAAAAAGCCAAUAUUCGGAUUCCAGGCAUCAGGUGUUGAUUUCGAUUUAUCGAAUAACGAAUGGCACGACAAUCUGAAAAUGUCGAAUGGACACUCAUCGACGGAAAAAUUCCAUCCGUAUUCUUCUGGAAGUCAAAAAAAUGACUCUCCCUUGCAAACAAGAAUGAAGGGAUGGCAAAGGGAGUAUAUCAAAGAGGUUAUCAAAAAUAGUCAUUAUCCAACCGAAGACGAAUUGAGAGAUAUCGAAUUGAAGUGCGAUUUGAGCAGGAAGCAGAUUCUCCGAUUCAUCGCCAAACGACUGACCAAUCCAAACCGAAAGCCACGUAUCAACCAUCACGACGAGAAGCGAAAAGAGCAAGAAGAGCGAGAUUCACUAGGAGAUCAAGAAGAUGAACUGCAAGAAAGCGAUGUUUCACACCUUCAUCAUAUUUUGAGCUCAUUACAAGAAACGACCGCCUAA